CCAAUGUAAAGGCUUUGUGUUCUGCUACAAUGGCCCAGUGGAAUCAGACCACAGUGUCAGAAUUCAUUCUUGUCGGAUUCACAGACAAGCCACUGCUCCGCAUAUCUCUUUUUGUGGUGUUUCUAGCAAUCUAUGUGAUCACUGUUCUGGGAAAUCUCGGGAUGAUUGCACUGAUUCGUCUUGACCCCCAUCUUCAAACACCCAUGUACUUUUUCCUCAGCAAUCUAUCCUUGUCAGAUCUCUGUUACUCCACUGUCAUUGUCCCCAAAACACUGGCAGAUUUCUUGGCUGAGAGGAAAGCCAUUUCGUUUACUGGUUGUGCUGCCCAGUUUUAUUUCUAUGCCGUGUUUGCCACUGUAGAGUGUCUCUUGCUAGCGGCCAUGGCCUAUGACCGUUAUGUGGCAAUCUGCAACCCAUUGCUAUAUCCAGUUGUCAUGUCCAGGAAGGUCUGUAUUUGGCUAGUGUUGGCCUCAUACCUUGUGGGGUGUGCCAAUGGCAUGAUACACACAAAUACCACCUUCCACCUUCCUUUCUGUAGCUCUAAUGUCAUUAACCACUUCUUUUGUGAUGUGCCUUUAAUACUGAAGCUUGCCUGUGCUGAUACAAUGCUCAGCCACAUCCUGCUUUUCAUGAUCUCUUCCCUGAUAGGUCUCUGCUCAUUCCUCACCAUCCUCAUCUCUUACGUCUACAUCCUCAUCACCAUAUGCCGGAGCAGCUCAUCUGAGGGACGAAAGAAAGCCUUCUCUACCUGUGCUUCUCAUUUGAUGGCUAUCACCUUGUUCUAUACCACUGUGCUUUUCAUCUACCUGAAGCCCACCUCAAGCUCCUCUGAUGGGCAAGACCAAGUUGCUGCUGUUUUUUAUACAGUGGUGAUCCCCAUGGUGAACCCUCUGAUCUACAGCCUGAGGAAUAAGGAGGUGAAGGAGGCCCUGAAAAGGAUAGUGAGGAAGAAAGGCAUUUCCAUUGAGGCAUAAAUUAUUGACUUUGGGUGCUUUCAGGUAUUGUGCAGUCGGUGCUCCUCACGCAUGCAAUUUUUUUGCUGUGCCCACAUAACAUUGUUGUCA